CUGAUAAUUAUUAAUAGAUCAAAUUAAAAUAAGAAAGAAUUUAUACCUUCAAUUAUGAGUAUAGAGUAAUAUAAAUAACAAGCUAAUUAUUCAUACCAAAAGAAGAGUCCACUCCCUCUACAGAAUGUGACUUAACAAAUUUAAAAUACUAUUCGAAUAAAAGAAAAUUUUGAAAGCCCUAUAUCAUCUUCUAGCAACUAUUAGUUCAGUACUAAAAGUAGAUAGAAGUCAGAGAAUUGUAGUUAGGGAAAUGUUAAUUAAGUUUUAAGUUCAUAGGAAAUCGUUAGUAAAUAUAACAUGUAUCUUUGUUCAACUAAAUCUGCAAAUAGAGAGUCAUUAAACUCCUUCACCAAGCGAAACAAUUUUUUAAAUAAAGAAACACUAUAAGACAGUUUAAGUACCAAGUUGACUGAUUCUUGUAAUGUAAAUCCUUUGCUAUCUUAAAAUUUUAGCAAUUCUAAGAGUCCUGCGAGAAGUUUAUUAGGGGAAAACGCACAAAUAGAAAGAACAAAAUCAGAAGACAAAAUAGCUAGUAAUAAAAUAUUUUUGUAGUCUAGCAAAAGUACUGCUGCAAUAGCUUUUCCUUAGCAGUAAGACUUUAAAAUAGAACACGAAAGCAACAAUUCCACUAAUGAAUUUAAGUUGCAGCUAAUUAGAAAAUUAGGAGAGCUAGAAAUAGAAUUGAAAAAAGAAAGCAUAAAAAAUUAAAACCUAGAAUAUGAUAAUAAAAACUUGCGUACAACAAUCCAUAAACUACAAGACUAAUUUAAAUCUUAGUCAAAAGAUAAUUUAGAUUUAAGGAAGACUAUCGAUAGCCUAAACAAAGAGAUAGCAUAAUACAUAAAAAUACAGAAAGAAGAGUAGCAAUUAGAGAUGUAAGAAAAGAGAUUACAAUAAAUAUUUGAGAAAACAGAAAUAGAAUAAAAAUUGAGCAACGAGUGUGAUAGGCUUACAAGCAUUAUUGAAGACAAAGAAAGUUAAAUUGCUAAAUGGAUGGAAAAAUUUAUGAACUUAAAGGAAAUAAAGCAAAAGGAAUUAUCUUCUCCUAAAAGUUCUAAAGUUGAACAAUAAUUGAAUGUUCUUAGAGAGUAGGUGUCAAUAGAUUAAAAUGAAUUAUUUUAACUGAAAUAAUAAAACAAUUAGCUUUAAAACUAGCUAGAAGAGACUGGAAAAGAAAAAGAUAAAUUAAAAUUAAAUAACUAAAUGCUUAUGGAACAAAUUCGAUAAAAUAGCUAAAUUAUUCACUCAUAAUAAUAAAAAUUAUAAGAUUUAGAUGGAUAGAAUAAAAAUAGUGAGAAAAAUAAAAAGGUUUAUGAACAAAGAUUGGAAGAAAUUCAAAAAAUAAAAGAAGAUUUAGAGUUGAAAUAAAUUGAAUUAGAAAAGAUAAAUGAAGAUUUAGUAUAUUAAAACAGAGAGCUGAAAAAUCUCUAAUAAAAAGGGGAGAAGCAAAAUUAAAUUUAAAAAUAGAAAUAUGAAGAGAGAAUUUCUGAGUAUUAAUAAGUUUUACAAGAUUUAAAAAAGCAAAUAGAUGAUUUAAAUUAAAAGAAUAUAGAAUUAAAGAAUAGUUUAAAAAUAAAAUGUGAAGAAUAAAACAAUACCAAAGACUAAAUCAGCUAAUUUAAAGAAUAGAUUAAAAUACUUUCAGAAGAUUUAAACGAGAAGAAUGAUAAAUUAAUUUAAAUAAGCAAGAAAGAGAGUUCAGAAAAAAUGAAAUAAUUUGGAUUUACCUAAUCAGCUGAGGUUGAAUAAUUGCGUUUAAAAACAAGGCUUCAAGAACUUGAACAAGAGCUCUAAGCUUAAAGAUGUGACUAUGACAGAUUGAUAACAAAGAUUUCAGAAAUUUAAAAAUAAAAUGAUGAUUUAUUGAAUCAACUUUAAUCUUAGCAAAAAAGUCAUAAAGUAUAAUUGGAAGAAUUAGAAAAAAAUUACUAACAGCUCACCUAAACUUAAAUUGAUAGAGAAGUAAAAAAAGUUGUCCUAGAAAGUGAAAGAAACAAAUUUUUCUCUGAAAACUAACAAAAAUUAACAGAAAAGCAAAUCUAAGCAUAUAAAGAAAAGAUUUAAGAAAUGGAGGGAGAGAUCUAAAACUACUAAAAUAAACUCUAAAAUGAAAUCUAAAAGGAACAGCUAGCUAGUUCAAGGAAAUAAAUAGAUAAAUUGCUUGAAGAAAAAGAAACUUUAAUAUAAAAGGAGGAAGAAACUAAGAAGUUGAAGAAAUUAAAUGAAGAGCUUUAAAUCUAAGUAAGAAAUUAGUAAAAUAUCUUAAAUUUAGCAAAGGAAAAAGAAGAUGAAAAUAAAAGAUAAACUGAAUAAUAGUUUAAUGAUUUGAGAAAGCAGAUUGAAAUUCUUCAUUUAGAGUCGAGAAAUAAGUAAAUAGCCCAAAAAGAAUAAGAAAAAAAAUUGCACGAUAGGAUAUAGGAGGCUAUUUAAAAAUUCAACAGAGACUUAGGCUAAAAGGAAUAAGAUAUUCAAUUUUUUGAAAAAGAAAAUGAGAAUUUAAACAGAAUUAUAACUUAGUAAAAGAUGACUAUCAAUUAACUUUAAAAUAGAGUUUAAAAAAGUAUUGCUUCCUAAAAUGAGGAUGAAUUGCUUAAAUCUUUAGGAUUAAACAGUUUAGUAGAAGAUAGGAACAAUGAGGAUACUGAUUAAAAAUAAUAAAGCUUCAAAUAAUUCUAGAUAGUUAAUUCUAUGAAAGAAGAAAAAUUUAUGAAUAAAUAGCCUUCUUAAUCAAAGCUUCAUAACUUUCCUACUUUUAGAGAAGAUGCUUAAAUACCAUAGCAAUUGAACUAAUAAAAAUCUUAGAAAAGUUUAUUUACAUAACAAAAUUUUAAUAUUAAUAAUGAGAUUAAUACAUGGAAAUGCUAAGAAGAAACACCUAUUUCUGACUCUGAAUCAAAAAUUGAGAAACACGAACUCUCUAAUUGGAGCUAGGAUGAAUAAAUGAUAGAUAAGUUACAAGAUUAACAGUAAGUUAGUUUCAGCUUAUAAUAAUAGUACUUUUAAAGAGAAUAAGCAGAAGGCUCUGAAGUAUAGAGCGAUGCAGAGGAAUUCCAUAUACCACUUUAUCAAAAAAAUGAAUGA